AUGCCGUCAAGCAAUACAUUAGAAUCAUUAGAUGAUGCAGAUUUAAAAUCUAGACUGGCUCGCUUUGGUAUAAAUCAGCCGAUUACAAAGACCACUAUAAAUGUUCUGCAUAAGAAACUCUUAAAAUUAGAAAUGGACUUUCAAAGGAAGCAAAACAAUCGAUCGAUUAAACUUGGAUGUGAAUCAAUGACAAACACAUAUACAAUUAUGUCAUCAAACUCAAGAAAUACAAUAGAUGAGGCAGAUUUAAAAUCUAGACUGGCUCGCUUUGGUAUAAAUCAGCCUAUUACAAAUACAACUAGAAAUGUUCUGCAUAAGAAACUCUUAAAAUUAGAAAUGGAUUUUGAAAAGGACAAAAACAAUCAAUCAAUUAAAUUUGGCUGUGAAUCAAUGGACACUUCAACAAAUGACCUGAACGAGUAUGAAAUCCGUGAUGGAAUAUCCAAGCAUGGAUUAAAUCAAGUUCCUCUGACCGAUUCUACUCGUCCUGUAAUAAGCAAUAUUAUCAGAAAAAAAAAUCAAAAUUCUUAG